UGUGUGUGUGUGUGGUCCUUGACUUCACCUCCUACACGUUUAACUUUAUAACAUAUAACUCUGCAUGUGCACUUUAUGUGAGUGUGUACUUUAUGGGUAUUUUGUGUGUGUGUGUUUAUAAUGACUAUAAUGAGAGAUAAGUGUAUAUGUUGUGUGUUUGUAUAAAUGAACUUAUAUAUUGACAGUCACAAAUUACUGUAUGUAGACACAUAACACCAUAUAUUGUAGAUAUAAACUGAAAGUAUUUGGGCUCAUGCAUGAACAUGUUCAUUACUCUGUGUGUGUGUGUGUUUGUAUGUGUUUUUGAGUUGGUAUUUAAGAAAAAAAAGAAACUCUGUGUGUAUGUGUGUGUGUGUGUGUGUGUGUGUGUGUGUGUGUGUGUGUGUGUCCUGCACUUCCUCCCGUGGACUAAAAGUGAAACUGCAUUUUGUGAAGAAAGGAAGUAAAACAUUCACAGGAGAAAAUCACAAUAAUUUUAUGACAUGGGGACUGUAAAAUGUUCUUGGGGAGAAAAACACAGAGGAGACAUGACCUCCAAACCGAGUGUGUCUAUGGAACAGGACAGAAAGAAAGACGAGAGUCUGAUUCAUGGUAAGAGAUCAGACUCACCUGAACCCAGCUGUGUGUCCAUGAAGAGUGACUGGUCAAUGGAGCUUCCAAUAAACUUUAGAGACACAGACUGUGCUACUGAACUGAGACCACAAAAGAAUAAAUCAGAAAUCACUGAGAAAAGUCGUUUGGAAGACAUAUUGCAGGAGCUGGAGCACAAAGUCAUCAGUCUGUUAAAGAAUGAGCUGAAGAGAUUUAAGAAGCUCCUGAGUCCAGAUUACCCAGCAUGCUCUGAGAGGGAGGUGAAGGAUGAGGAGGAUCAGAGCAGUGUCAGAGAGGGAGUGCUGAAGAUUACACUGCACUUCCUGAAGAACAUGAACCACACAGAUCUCGCUAACACACUGCAGAACAAACUCGUCUCUGUGUACCAGCGAAAACUCAAAUCCACACUGAGAGAGAAAUGUAAAAGAAUUAAUGAAGGAAUCUCACAGCCUGGAAGCUCAGCACUUCUGAAUGAGAUCUACACAGAUCUCUAUAUCACAGAGGGUUGGAGUGGAGACGUCAAUAAUGAACAUGAGGUGAGACAGAUUGAGUUAGCAUCCAGGAGACCAGCAGCACAGGAGACACCCAUCAAAUGUAAUGACCUCUUUAAAGACAAGUCCAUCAGAAGAGUGCUGACUAAAGGAGUUGCUGGAAUUGGAAAAACAGUCUCUGUGCAGAAGUUCAUUCUGGACUGGACUGAAGGAAAAGCAAAUCAGGACAUCAUCUUCAUGUUUCCACUUCCCUUCAGAGAGCUGAAUCUGAUGAAACAGAAAAAUCUCAGUCUGAUGGAUCUUCUUCAUCACUUUUUCCCAGAAAUGAAAGAAUUACAAUUAAUAGACUGUGAGAUCAACAAAGUCCUGUUCAUCUUUGAUGGUCUGGAUGAGUGUCGACUUCCUCUAAAUUUCCAGAAGAAUGAGAGAUUGUGUGAUGUAACAGAGUCAGCCUCAGUGGAUGUGCUGUUGACAAACCUCAUCAAGGGCAAUCUGCUUCCCUCUGCUCUCCUCUGGAUAACCUCUCGACCAGGAGCAGCCAAUCAGAUCCCUCCUGAGUGUGUAGACGAGGUAACAGAGGUACGAGGGUUCAGUGAUCCUCAGAAAGAGGAGUACUUCAGGAAGAGGAUCAGUGAUCAGAGGAUGGUUGAUAAAAUCAUCUCACACAUGAAGUCUCACACAAGAAGCCACUACAUCAUGUGCCACAUCCCAGUCUUCUGCUGGAUCUCAGCCACUGUUCUAGAGAGAAUGUUGGGUGGAGCAGAGAGUGGAGAGAUCCCCAAGACUCUGACUCAAAUGUUCACACACUUCCUGAUCUUUCAGAUCGAACACAGGGACCAAAAGUACCAUCAGGAAUUUGACCGUGAUCCUCAGCAGACCAGGGAGAGUAUCCUGGCACUGGGAAAACUGGCUUUCCAACAGCUGGAGAAAGGAAACCUGAUCUUCUAUGAGGAAGACCUAAGAGAGUGUGGCAUUGAUGUCAGAGAAGUGUCAGUGUACUCAGGAGUGUGUACCCAAAUCUUCAGAGAGGAGUUUGGGAUUCAUCUGGGGAAGGUGUUCAGCUUUGUACAUCUGAGUGUUCAGGAGUUUCUGGCUGCUUUAUAUGCAUUUCUCUCCUUCAUUAACAAAAAGAUUGCAAAAGAACAAACCUGGUCUGAUCUUUUCACCAAGUCAAACAUGUCUGAUUUCCUGAGGAGUGCAGUGGACAAGGCCUUACAGAGUGAGAAUGGACACCUGGACCUGUUCCUCCGCUUCCUUCUGGGUCUCUCACUGGAGUCCAAUCAGACUCUCUUACGAGACCUACUGCCCCAGACAGGAAGCAGCUCUCACAGCAAAGAGGAAACACUCGAGUACAUCAAGAUGAUGAUCAGGAAGAAUCCAUCUCCAGAUAAAUCCAUCAAUCUGUUCCACUGUCUGAAUGAACUGAAUGAUCAUUCUCUAGUGCAGGAAGUCCAACAUUACCUUAACAGAAGAGAUUCCUGGUGUCUCUGUGGAGUCAGUCUCUCUCCUGCCCAGUGGUCAGCUCUGGUGUUUGUGUUGCUGAACUCAGAAGUGGAUCUGGAUGUGUUUGAUUUGAGGAAAUAUUAUGGCUCGGAGGAAUGUCUUCAGAAGCUGCUGCCAGUGGUCAAAGCAUCCAGAAAAGCUGUGCUGCCUGGGUGUAAUCUCACAGAGGAAAGCUGUAGAGUUCUGUCCUCAGUUCUCAGAUCAAACUCCUCCAGACUGAGGGAACUGGACCUGAGUCACAAUAACCUGCAGGAUUCUGGAGUGAAGCUGCUCUCUGCUGGACUGGAGAAUCCACACUGUACACUGGAGAUACUGAAGUCAGAUCAUCACUUUCACAUUUUGUUUAUUUCAUUGCUGUAUGACUGUAAUCUCACAGAGGAAAGCUGUAGAGUUCUGUCCUCAGUUCUCAGAUCAAACUCCUCCAGACUGAGAGAACUGGACCUGAAUUACAAUAAACUGCAGGAUUCAGGAGUGAAGCUGCUCUCUGCUGGACUGGAGAAUCCACACUGUACACUGGAGAUACUGAGGCUGUAUGACUGUAAUCUCACAGAGGAAAGCUGUAGAGUUCUGUCCUCAGUUCUCAGCUCAAACUCCUCCAGACUGAGAGAACUGAACCUGAGUUACAAUAAACUGCAGGAUUCAGGAGUGAAGCUGCUCUCUGCUGGACUGGAGAAUCCACUCUGUACACUGGAGAUACUGAGGCUAUGGGGGUGUAAUCUCACAGAGGAAAGCUGUAGAGUUCUGUCCUCAGUUCUCAGAUCAAACUCCUCCAGACUGAGAGAACUGGACCUGAGUAACAAUUAUAACCUGCAGGAUUCAGGAGUGAUGCUGCUCUCUGCUGGAUUGGAGAAUCCACACUGUACACUGGAGAUACUGAGGCUAGAACGCUGCAGUAUUACAGGUGAAGGUUGUGCUGCUCUGGUUUCAGCUCUGAGGUCAAACACCUCAUCACACCUGAGAGAACUGAAUCUGAACGAGAAUAAUCCAGGAGAAUCAGGAGUGAAGCUGCUCUCUGAUCUACUGAAGGAUCCACACUGUAAACUGGAGACACUGGAGUUCAUGACAUUUUCAUUCUGAUCUCCAAUUCUCGACCGCAGAUGGUUAUGGAUUACAUUAACCUGUACAAAUAAACAUUACAAAGUGGUUUGAAGAACAUACAUUCACCGUCCACUUUUUUAGGAACACCUGUACACCUGCACAUUCGUGCAGUUAUCUAAUCAGCCAAUCAUGUGGCUGCACAAUGUAUAAACCCAUGCAGAUGCAGGUCAAGAGCUUCAGUUAAUGUUCACAUCAAACAUCAGAAUGGAGGAAAAGUCUGAUCUCUGUGACUUUAACCGUGGCAGGGUUGUUGGUACCAGAUGGGUUGGUUUGAGUAUUUCAGAAACUGCUGAUGUCCUGGGAUUUUCACACUUAACACUCACUCACAGGAUGUUUUUUUUUUUUUAUACCAUUCUGUAUAGAGACUGUUGUGUGUAUUUGGCUGUUUGGAUAAUUGCAUAAAUGAGCAGGUGUGCAGGUGUUCCUAUUAAAGCGGACGGUGAGUGUAUGUGACUGUUACUUUUUUAAAAGGAUAAUGAUAAUGGGUAAGAUUUUGCUUUUACCAUGACUUGUUUUGGUUCAUUGAAAUGUCCAGACUGUAAAUAUGAAGCAGCUGAGAUAAAUAAACUAAACCUACAUAUUAGAUUGCUUAUGAGUAAUCCAGUAUAAUGUAGCUUAAAUACACAAACUGAACAGUAAUGAAACUUCUACUAUUACAUUUGUUUAUCAGCAAUAAAUAAACUCUUGUUGUACCUCCAGUAUAA